GAUUUCGACCAGUUACAAAAGAAUCCGAAAUCCGACCCUUUUAAGUAGAGAGACGGAACCCGGUUCUUUUCCCAGACUUGGUAUUGGGCUUGUCUUGGGCUUAUCAUCAAAAAAUUAAUAGAAUAUUUGGGCCUCUCUUAGGGCAAGGAAAGGGCCAGGGUCCAAAGCAGAAUUAUUUUUCCGUUUUCGCUGACAGUUUUCCCCAAUUGAACGCUAGGGUUUCUCAGAGUCUCACAGUUCCGGGGUUAGGGUACAGCAAAAACCAUUCUUACUGUUCCAGCUAAAAAAGAGGAUAGAAAAUGGUGCGACCGUAUAAGAUGAAGGGACAAAAGCGAAAGAAGAAAGAGAAGUAUGAUAGAGAAGAAGAAUCUGAACAAUUAGAUGACAAUGAUAUGCCUGAGUCACCGAAGAAAGCGAAAACAGAGGUCUCUGAGUUAGAGAAGGAGAAAUCAGAGGAAGUUGUUGAUGAAAUGCCCGGAAUCCCCAUUGUUCCUGCCGAUACAGGCAAAAAGCCUGGGGUUAUUUUUAUUCUCGAGAAGGCGUCCCUGGAAAUUGGGAAAGUUGGAAAGAGUUAUCAGCUUUUAAGUUCUGAUGAACAUGCGAAUUAUUUAAUGAAGAAUAAGCGGAACCCGGCAGAAUAUCGUCCAGACAUUGCUUUUCAGGCCAUCCAGACAAUUUUAGAUAGCCGUGUGAAUAAAAGUGGGAGAUUGAAAGCUUUGUAUGUGAGGACACAGCAAGGUAUUCUCUUUCAAAUCAAACCUCAUGCACGUAUGCCAAGGACAUAUAAGCGCUUCUCUGGUCUCAUGGUGCAACUGCUUCAAAAGCUGCAUAUUACUGCAGCUGGAAAGGGCGAAAAACUUUUGCGCGUCAUCAAGAAUCCUGUAACCCAGUAUUUACCCAUCAACUCUCGUAAAAUAGGCUUCUCACACAGUUCUGAAAAGUUAGUCGAUAUGUAUGACUAUGUUGGUACCCUCGAGAGGGACAUGGACCUUGUUUUUGUGGUUGGAGCAAUGGCCCAUGGGAAAAUUGAUAAAGACUAUGUAGAAGAUUAUCUAUCAAUUUCUGAAUUUCCGAUGAGCGCUGCAUACUGCAUAUCAAUAAUCACUACAGCAGUGGAGCGCAAGUGGAAGAUUUUGUGAACUUGUACUCUCUUGCAGCUUUUUGCUCUGAUACGAUGGAGAAUAUUACUCUUAACGGCCUUGGAAGAUUUUCCUUCGCUUCUUAGUGCAAGUAUGCAAUCACAGUUCUGUUUGUAGGACCUUGUAGUGUUCAUUUAUGGGCGCUAAUAAACUCAGUAGUGUAUAUUUUGCAUUAAUAUUUGGCUUCUUACAUUUUGAUCAUUUUAAAUAUAUUGUUCCUAAACAAGUUUUUUGGAGUAUUUACAUGAUUUUAAGAAGUUAUGCA